GUGAAAACAACGCAGCUGUCAUCCUAUUGCUAGAAAAAUCGUCUGAAAUAUUGGAAGAAUUCUUUAAAACAGGAAAUAUUUGGUGCCUGUUUUAUCGUCCUUUUGGCAAAUAUAUCCACCAUUGAUCAACAGAACGGCAUUUCACUGGCGUCGAUAAAUACGUAGUUGGGGGCGAAAGCCCGUGUGAUAUUGUUGGUGAAGAGGAUUGUGUUGUAGAGGUCAAAGUUCAAUCAAAAUGAGUGAGGAUGACGAUAAACCAUUUGGUUGCUCUGCACCAGAAUGUGGCAUGAGGUUCACCAAUGAAGAUCAUUUAAACGUUCACAUGAAGAAACAUGAGAUGUCAUUGGCUCUCAGUCUGGGUGGCAACUCUUGUUCACCAGCACACCAUUUUUUGGAUCAAACGCCUACACCAACUAAAUUUUUAAAGAAUUGUGAAGAAAUAGGAUUAUUUCAAGAACUUGUUAAAAAUCCUUUUGAGGAAGCUUUUAAAAAGGCCACAGAUUCAGAGGUUCCACCUCUACCUGGUCCACUCUCUAAUGAUUUAAAUACACCCAUACCCAAGGCCAUAGAUUUAAAUACACCAACACCACGACUAGACAUUUUUCAUCACCGAUUUUUAAAGGAACCCUCGUUAAGUAAUUUAGUAUAUAACAACACAGCCACGGAAGAUGGUGUCCUUGAUUUAUCGGGGAAAAAACAAGUGACAAAGCCAGCUGUGAUCCAGCCAUCUUCAACAACCUCGGAUGAUGAUGUCAUCAUUAUAACCACGGCGACAUCUCACCAGCCAGCAGAUAGUACAUUGUCGCCACCUACAAUACAAGUUAAUUCAACAACUGUUGAGAGUUAUCCUCCCAUUGACACUAAAGCCAUUCCAAAACUAACGACAGCAGUCUUAUCAUCACCGAUGAUUAUUCAGACGUCCCCUCAGUUGUUAGGGACAACGACAGGAGCUUCGUUACCGUCGUCAACUACAACAACAUCGCAGCCAAAUUACCCCGCCCAAGUUUAUCUCCAGCUUCCGUCUGGUCAGAUGUUACCUGUACAGAUCCCCACGUCAAUUAGUCCUGUUGUCCAGAUACCCAUAAUCCCCCAGACGACGGCUACAUCUACUGUUCCCAUAGCAACUAAAUCUAAUGUUACUAGUACAAAUGUUACGUUAAAACAGAGAUUAAAACAGUCGUUACAGGCCUCACAACAACAAAUCCAAAAAACAAACGGAGUUUCACCUAAUCAUAAAUCUAUAAGUCCGGUCAGUGCUUCACCCUCCAUUAAUAUACCUGAAUCAGUUAGUCAUACAGAGUUCACUCCCCCUGAUUCGCCGUCUGAAUUAGAUUAUGAUGAUUUAAAUGACCAUAAUAUAAAAAGAUCUCGUCGAGAUGAUUCAAGCAUUGAAGAUGAAGAUCCUGAUAAUAGACGAAGAAAAUUUUUAGAGAGAAAUCGAGCAGCCGCAGCCCGAUGUCGACAGAAACGUAAAACUUGGGUGAAUAGUCUGGAGAAAAAAGCUGAUGAUUUACAAAAUGUUAACGUUAAAUUACAGGGUGAAGUUAGUUUAUUACGUGGAGAAGUUGCUCAGUUAAAAACUUUAUUAUUGGCACAUAAAGAAUGUCCAGUUACGCUACAACAAAAAUCACAAGGUCAAAUACCAUUAACUCUUCAUACAAUACCAACAACAAAUAUUUCCGAGAUGAAAGGUGGCAGUGUAAUACAACCGGUUUCUAUAGCUAAUGAUAAUGCUCUACCACCGCGAUAUGUAAUUCCUACAACUGUUUUAGGCAAAGUGAAAACAGAGUCAAAAUGAGCACAAGAGUUAUGGACCUUUAUGUAAUCUAAAGAACUGUUAUUGAUCAUGGAUUAGGAAAGGAAAUGAAAUGAAAUGAAGUGUUCAAAUGGAAAAACAGGGUGCAGUUUGUUUAAUUGGGAAGAUUAGGCAUAUUUUGAAAGUUUCCAGCACGACGGUCAAGAUAUGAAUUGAUGUUCUUAAUGGAUCAUUCAAAAGUUCUUUAUGGACCAUUCAAAAGUUCUUUAUGGACCAUUCAAAAGUUCUUUUUGGAUCAUUCAAAAGUUCUUUAUGGACCAUUCAAAAGUUCUUAAUUGGUCAUUCAGAUGUUCUUAAUGAAUCAUUCAGAUGUUCUUAGUGGAUCAUCUUGAUGUUCUUAUAUGAUCAUUCAGAUGUUCUUGUUUGAUCAUUCAGAUGUUGUUAAUGGAUCAUUCAGAUGUUCUUAUUGGGUCAUUCAGAUGUUCUUAUUGGAUCAUUCAAAUGUUCUUAUUGGGUCAGAUGUUCUAAAUAGAUUAUUCAGAUGUUCUUAAUGGAUCAUUCGGAUGUUCUAAAUGGAUCAUUCAGAUAAAUGUCUAAAAUGAGUAGACCAAAAGACAGAAGAUGAUUAAAGCUGAAGAAUAUUG